UGCUGCUAUCCACUGCUGGCUUUAAAAAUUAUCAUAUACUUCAGGCUCUGGUCUGUAGAUACAUAUCAGGCAAUUAAGUCUUUAUUCAAUUUUUUUAAUCUUUUGCUGGAGUGCUGGAACAAAAAGAAAACUAAAAUACUCUACAAGACAGGAAACAGAUCGCAGCCAUCUCUCUGUUGCCAGGUGGAAAGCAUGUCAAAAUCUGUCAGUGACACCAUGUAUGAAUUUAUGACAAGCUGCUACAGCGAACUGAAAGGCCCUUGAGGCAACACAAACAGGAGAAAAACUUCCAAGAAAAGAAUGUGUUUCUCUUCCAUUCCAGAAGUCAACAUGCAGUCUGAAUCUAACAUUACAGUUCGAGAUGCCAUUGAUGACAUCAAUACCAAUAUGUACCAGCCACUCUCCUAUCCAUUAAGCUUUCAAGUUUCUCUCACUGGAUUUCUGAUGUUAGAAAUUGUAUUGGGACUUGGCAGCAACCUCACUGUAUUGGUGCUUUAUUGCAUGAAAUCCAACCUAAUCAACUCUGUCAGUAACAUUAUUACAAUGAAUCUUCAUGUUCUUGAUGUAAUAAUUUGUGUGGGAUGUAUUCCUCUAACUAUAGUUAUUCUUCUGCUUUCACUGGAGAAUAAUUCUGCACUGAUCUGCUGCUUCCAUGAGGCUUGUGUGUCAUUUGCCAGUGUUUCCACUGCAAUCAAUGUCUUUGCUAUCACUUUGGACCGAUACGAUAUCUCAGUGAAACCUGCAAAUCGGAUUUUGACAAUGGGAAGAGCUGUGAUACUCAUGACAUCAAUAUGGAUUGUCUCUUUUUUCUCCUUCUUGAUUCCAUUCAUUGAAGUAAAUUUUUUCAGUCUUCACAGUGUAAAUACUUGGGAAAACAAGACACUCUUAUGUGUGAGCGCUAAUGAAUAUCACACAGAACUGGGAAUGUACUACCACCUUUUAGUACAAAUUCCAAUUUUUUUCUUCACUGUUAUAGUAAUGCUAAUUACAUACAGCAAGAUACUCCAGGCACUUAAUAUCCGAAUAGGCACAAGAUUUUCCACAGGACAAAAGAAAAAAGCAAGAAAGAAAAAGACAAUUUCUUUGUCCACACAACAUGAAACUACUGAUGUAUCACAAAGCAGUGGAGGGAGAAAUGUUGUCUUUGGUGUAAGAACUUCAGUUUCUGUUAUAAUUGCUCUGCGGCGGGCUGUAAAGCGACAUCGUGAACGACGGGAAAGACAGAAAAGAGUCUUCAGAAUGUCACUGUUGAUCAUUUCGACUUUCCUUCUCUGCUGGACACCAAUUACAGUUUUAAAUACUACAAUUUUAUGUUUGGGCCCAAGUGACCUUUUGGUAAAAUUGAGAUUAUGUUUUCUAGUCAUGGCAUAUGGAACCACCAUCUUUCACCCUCUAUUAUAUGCAUUCACUAGACAGAAAUUUCAAAAAGUUCUGAAAAGUAAAAUGAAAAAACGUGUUGUUUCAAUAGUAGAAGCUGACCCUAUCCCAAAUAAUGCUGUAAUACACAAUUCAUGGAUUGAACCUAAAAGGAACAAGACAAUUACUUUUGAAGACAAUGAAGUAAGACAGAAGUGUUUAGUACCUCAGGUUGUCACAGACUAGAAUUCAGUAUUCACUGGUCCAUUUAAAAGGAAACAUAAAAACAUGCUGAAGUAAAUACUGCCAAAUAAGGAUAUUUAAAAGAAAAGGAAAAGAAUUGGUUAGACUGUAAAUGUUUAACAUACCACUUAAUAGAGUAUGCCUGUAUAUUCUAAUUCUUCAUUAGUCAAGAUGUGUGUUGCAUGGCAGUUUAACGUAAUACUAUGUGUAUAUUUUGUCAAUACUUUGUCUUCUAAUAUACAUCUAAGUAAAUAUUUUCUUAAAAAAUAGCCUUAAAGCAGUGUACAUGUUAACUAUAUAUAUGAGUUGCUGUAAAUCUAUAAAGCUCUGUUUUGAAGCUUUCUGCAACAAUGAGAUAGUUCAUUGAAAGUUGUAUGACAUUAAGGUCUUUAAAUCUUAGUAAUCUGUUUUAACAUAAUAUCCAGUUUUUCUCAAUAAUUUUCAUUUUUUUCAACCAUUAGAAGCAUGAAAUUGUGUGUCCAAUAAACUUCAGGACAACCACUUACAUAUACGCACACACCAGCUUUCUGAAUUCAAGCUAAUCUAAGAUGUGUGCUUUUAUUUAAAACAAAUACCUGGCACACUAGCACUUUAAAGACUAACAUAUUUAUAUAAAUGUGUCUUCAAAGGCAGGACAAGAAGUGCUUUUACAACUAGUUUUUAUUAGAAGUAUGAAAAUAGUCUGAAGAAAGUCUGGAUAAAAUGUUACCAUACAUCAAGGAAGAAAUACACACACAAAUAGAAUAGUAGGAGAGUUGGAAGGGGCCUGUAAGGCCAUCAGGUGAAGCCUCAGCUCUGCCUUCCACCCACCCAGCUGCGAGCCUGCUCCUUUCCAGCUUAGCAAAGGUGACUUGAGAUGCCAACUCAAUGUACAGCUAUGCAGGCAAUCUAUUCCUUCUGGAAUUCUGUGUAAGCUUACUCAGGAUAUAUCCAGUGAGAGCAUGUUUUAAGGCACUUCUCAAGCUUUCAUACACAGUGUGUCAGCCUGGAAACAGUAAGCACUGUCAUGUGCUGCCAAUGUUCUUGCUUCACAUGUUCAAAGCUAUCUGGCUUGCCGUCCAGAAGGUAUUAAAUCAGUAACUUCGACUCAAGGAAAGAAGGCACUUCAAAGUUUUUCAACUACAACAAAGUUUUCAUGCUUAACAUUCUCAAACCCUUCCAAAAUCCCUGUAUUUUUGAAAGGUUGAUGCUGCACUCUACAGAAUUCAGAACCCAGCAUUGCUCAUCAUUGGAGCAAUGAUCUCACCAUAUCCUACAAUCAGCAUUUGAACUUAAUGAAGAAAUUUCUAUCCCAGGUUAACGAAUCAGAUUAAACAAGCCCUGAAUAAUAUUGUUCUUACUUGGUAAUAAUCUUUCCUUCCGUUCAGCCCUUUCUACUAACGGUGAUAUGUGAUCAAACUGUCAGAUGGUACCUGUUAGUUUGCACAAAUGCAUCAGAAGGUAACACUGUAAGUGUUAGUGUAAGUCUAUCCAAAAAAUAAGUUUGUUGGGAAGCAUUUUGUUUAUUUGACAGGAUCCAGGUAACUUCUGAGGAGCACUCAUUUCUCAAUGAUGUGGGUAUGGUAGCACCUUCCAGUUCCUCAAAUUAGCACUACAACUUGCCCAGUACUAAUGUAAUAAGAGAAAUUUUAAACAUCAUAUGAAACAUAGUUGUAUGAGUUGGACUGAUAAUGAAUAACCCAAUUGUCUCCUGCCACUUUUUAUUAUUAUCUGACACCUCUACUCAUCCUAAGAAAAUAGGAUUUGAAAAAUCACCCCAUUUAUUUUUAGAAUUUUGUUUUUUCUUCAAGCCAGCUAAUGCUUAUUGGGCAGAAUGAACAUUUCAUACAGCAAUCUUGCAUGCAUCAACAUAAGUCAUGCAAUCAUCUUAAACUGGAUUUAACAUGUACAGCCAAUGUGCUUGUGGAAAUCAAUGCAAUCUGUAGAUCUUGACAGGUUGCUUCUGGUGUGUCACACUGUAAUUUGGACUCUUGAUUUUCAAAGUUGAUAAAGGGUAACUUCUGAUCAAGAUAGUGAAUGACUUUUAGGAAGAAAAGAAGUUAGCCUCUCUUAAUACAUUUAUUGGGUCUCCUCAAUAGGACAUUACACCCUUUGGGUGCCUAAGUUGCAAGUGUCUUAACCCUCCUUGGUGGGCAGGACUGACUCCCAGAAUUCCUGGAUGAUGAUGCUUUGAUGUUUGAGCCAUUUAAAUUUGGGCUUUUAACUUGGCUCAGAGAUGGUCCUUACAAACCAUUUGGAGGUUGGGGGAAAUAAUUUCAUCCCAUUUCCCACUUUGUGGAGUUGCCUGAUCUACAGUGAUGAGAAGACUUUUGUUAAUCUUGCAAAGGAGUCAGCUACCCAACAUUAUGUCUGUGAUAUCAGAAGGAUGCAUGCAAGUCUGAGAAGCCACUCCAUCCAGGUAGCACUAGUUCAA